AUGAGUUUCCUGGAAAGAAGUCGGGCGUGGGAUUUGGAUGUGGAUCGAUACCUCAACCGCGUUAUUCCUCCGUCACCACUGCACAAACUUCCGAGACCGAUCUCGAGAUUUCUGGGAUAUAGAAAGGCAAGCCAUCAAGAUGUUGGGAAUGUACUGGGGGCUUUUUGGUCUUUACUGGGCGCGUUUUGUGGGUUGGCGGUGAUAUCGGCCGUGUUCAACAACACGGAGAGUAUACAGCGACAUUACCCGCCAGCGUUGAUCGCUUCGUUUGGUGCAUCUGCUAUACUCGAGUAUAAUUCUAUUCGUUCCCCGCUGGGCCAACCACGCAACGCUCUGUUGGGCCAUACAUUCUCUGCGCUCAUUGGCGUUGGAAUUUCAAAGCUCUUUCAACUGCGCUCAGAUUACGAAUCCAUAAAAUGGAUCGCAGGCGCCGUAUCCUGCGGCUGCGCCUCGGCUGUCAUGCUCCUCACUGGCACUGUACAUCCUCCAGGCGGCGCGUCUGCUGUCUUAGCCGCAACCGAACCUGCCAUAACUACCAUGGGAUGGUAUUAUGUAGCCCUUGUGAUGUGGGGAACGACGCUGAUGUUGAUUGUGGGGUUGGUGAUCAACAACAUUCAAAGGCAGUUUCCAGUGUACUGGUGGACUCCGUUAGAUAUAAGGCGAGCUAGAAGGGAGGAUGAGGAAACAGUGUCAGAUGCGAGGGGUGGGCUGGAAAGGAAGGAGACUGAAGAGGAGCAAAGAUAUAAUCAAGAAGGAGAGACGAUAGAGAUCAACGGUGCCGAGGUGAUCUUGCCGGAAGACUUGAGCUUGAAUAAAGAAGAGGCGGAAGUGUUGGAAAAGUUACGGAGAAGACUGAGGAAAAGGGAUACCAAGGAGAAGCGAUGCUGGAGGGGAAGCGAGGAGUAAAAUUCGAGGUGAUGGUACCGGU